AAAUACCUGGUUGCUUUCGUGCACCUUGACACCCAGGUACACGAAUUUGGUCGAAAACUGUUCUGAAACGGGCUUUUCGGAGUGGAAAUUAAACAGGAGACGGUCAGAAUGGAUUAAAAUAGCAACUUUAAACCUGAAGUGUGGAAGCUGCCAUUAUUUCGGAACUCAGCUGGUGAAAGCAUUGGGACUAUAGUAAGUCAUGUCGACGGGCAGCAGUGGCAGCCUGAGGCGCAGCUCAGGGUCUUUUCACCAAGAGCGCUGUGUGGACCCAGUGGUGGAGCAGCCGACUCGAGAGCACGGGGCAGUCUACAAAGCGCGCCUUGAAGAUGCAAACGGGAAGGAAUCGGAGACCAUAGGCUUCAUUCCUGGCUCGGCUGAGCCGUCGUCCUCAGGACCGGGCUGUAAUCCCUGCGCUUCUCCCGGAGGCUGUAAGACUGUUGUCUGCAGCGUGCUAACCUGCGGCCUGUACCGAGUCUGCCAGGGCUCCAUCCUCACUCCGUGUUUGGCGCCAGACGAGAGCUCCCCGGAUGCGCGAGAGAAGGCCAGCCUCCAAGGUGAGAAACCAGGAAACUCCAACGAAGAUGAUGUCAUAGAAUACCCCGAUCUUCACAUCAACGGAGUCAAGGUGGUUAGUCCGAGAAAAUAUGUUGAGGAGGAAACCAAAUCACCAUCAUACGUGCCUCCGGCUGGCCUUCAGACUCAGCAGGGCUAUCCAUCCCUGCAUGAGCCCCUGAGGUUCGAUGACUGGGACGACGGCGAUGAAGACGUGGACUCCUUGAUUACGAAGAAGUUGUUGGAGCUUUACUCUGAGUAUCAAAUCGAGGAGCUGGCCAGGUGCACCUCAGACUCCGUAUUCCUGAGGAAGAGCAAAGCCAUCAACCAGCUGAUCAACUCUUUGGCAGAGGAGCACAAAAUGGACGAGCAGGAGGCGGAGUGCAGGCUGGUGCGUGGCAUCAUCCGCAUCAGCACUCGGAAGAGUGCGAAGAAGAGGCCGGUCAUUUCCAAGGUGGAGAGGACUCCGUCAGACAGCGGGAAUGAAACCAUGAUUGGGAGCGGCUCCUUUUCAUUCGGUAACAAUAACGAUUACAGGUCAAAUCCAAACAUCCAGAUCUCAGAGCUGACCCCCUCAGACGAGUUUGCUCGGGAGAUAUGGAGGAAGAAUGGUGGUCACCCCUCAAGUUCCUCAACAGCUUACUCACACUCUCACACAGAAACAGAUUCCUCCGGUGUCCCGCUCAUUCACACCUCAGUGAGGACAUGACUCGUCCAUGAUGAUCAUCUCUACUUUAAUGCUAUUUUGUGCCCACAAGAACCCAUGUCGGAUGUAAGGAGAGCAGACUCAAGUAGCACUAAAGUUUCUGUCUGAGCCAAAUGCUUUAAAGCUGUUUUUGUAUAAGAAGGAAGCAAAUGUGUAAGAUCACAUUUUCUAAAGGAAGGACUUCUGUAUAUAUGCUUUUGAAGGAAUGUUUGAGUAGGAGCUUGUCCUGCAGGCAGACAUCACCAGCAUCCUUGAAAUACUUUAUCACAUUCAGCCGUCCGCUUAUUUUUGAAGUAGUUGCAACUUGAAAAAUGUCGCCCAGCUUUGGGGAGUUUGAUGAUUUGCUGUUGUUACCAUAAGAAUGUUUUUUUCCUCUUUUAUGUUCCCUUUUUUUGUUCUGUUGCACAUUUCACCAUUCUUUCAUCAUAAUUUAGCAUCUAUAUGGUAAUAUCUUUAUAUUAAGUGCUUGUGUGCUGUAUGCCAAAUUAACAGACAAUGAUUGUAUGUGUUGUGAUAGAUUUCAUCAUUUGAAUUUUUGAGGUGAGCAGCACAACAGAGCUUCGACCUGCAGUUGUAUGAAAGGACAAUAAACUGAUACGGUUAAAGGUUGUUUCAAAUAAUGGUUCAAAAGUAAUGUAAUCAAUGUAAUUAUUAUUUGUAUUGAGUUUUUAUGUGUACCUGGAAGUGCACAACAAAUAAAGAUAAUUGUGACUUCAUGG